AUGGGGCUGCAGGAUGAGAUACCAGCUGAAAAUGCAGGAGUUGGUGAUGGCGUGCGUGUGCCCUGCAUGCUUAGACCCUGCACCUUCCCUUCUCAAUUAUCCCAGCAUCGACCCUACCCCGGGUUAUGGGAGGGUCUGUGUGUCCAUGUGCCCUGCUCCUUCUCCUAUCCCAGGAGCUGCUAGACUGACUCUACCCCAGUUCAUGGCUGCUGGUUCCAAGAUACAGACUGGGAGGCUCCAGUGGCCACAAACAAUCCAGAUCAUAAACUACAGGAGGAAACUCAGGGCUGAAUCCUCCUCCUUGGGGACCCCCAGACCAACUGCUCCUUGGACAUCAGAGAUGACAGGAGGAGGAACAAUGGAAAAACUUUUUUUAGGAUAGAGAGAGGAAGAAUGAAAUGCAAUUACAUGUCUAACCUGUUCUCCUUGUAUGUGACGGACCUGACCCCCAUGCCCGACAUCCUCAUUUCUGGGACCCUGGAGUCUGGCCACCCCGAGAACCUGACCUGCUCUGUGCCCUGGGCUUAUGAGUGGGACAUGCCCCCAAUCUUGUCUUGGAUACCAGCUGCCCUCACCUCCCUGGGCCCGAGGACCCACCUCUCCUCAAUGCUCACCCUCACCCUACAGCCCCAGGACCACGGCACCAACCUCACCUGUCAGGUGACCUUGCCUGGAGCUGAAGUGACCACAACGAGGACUGUCCACCUCAACUGUGAGAGCUGGGCCAGGACGCCUGAGUCCCUGAUGGACGGGGUCUUGAGGGCAGCAGAGAAGGGGCUGUCAGGGCCUUGGGCAACAGGUCCCGGAAUCCAGUCUGGGAAGGGCUGUCCCCCCGGCCCCUCACUCCCCUCAGAUGUGUCCACUCCCUCCUCGGCUCCCCCAGAGCAGGGCAACAUCCACACGCAUCACCCCAAUAUCAUCAUCAUCACUGUUAUCACCAACAUAACCAUUGUCACCACUGUUCUUAUCAUUUCCAUCCUCAUCUUCAUCACCAUCAUAACCACAAUGACCAGUAUCACCAUUGUUCUUAUAAUUUCCACCACCAUCAUUGUCACAGCCACCAUCGCUAUCAUCUCCAUGGUGGACCUUCAGCCUCUGGUCCUUGAGACCUAUGUUCGCCCAGAUGAUGCCUGA